AUGGGCAGCCGGGGCCACCCGGGGCCGCCCCGGAACGGCGGGCCCGGCGAGGGCGAGGGCGGGGAGGCGAGGAAACUGCAGGAAGGGAGGGUCGCGAGAGGGAAGCGAAGGAAGGGGAAGGGGAAGGGAAAAGCGGGAGCGGGGCAAGGCGGAAGAGGAAGCGGGGCGGAAGGGAAUCCGGGGCCGCAGAAGGCGAAGGAGGCGGCGGGGCCGGGGGCCGAGGCGGGAGCUAGGGCAGGCCCGGGGGAGGAAGGAGAGGGCUGCGGCCGCGUGGAGGAAGGGGAGAGAAGGCUCGUACGCGGAGAUGCGGGGAGCGCAGGGGCGGGGAAGGAGGCCAGAGGAAGAGGCGAUGGGAAGAAGGAGGAGUGGAGGGUCAGGCCUGGGCGGCGGGAGGACGCCAGGCCGGGAAGAGCACAGGGACGAGGGGGUCAGGCUUGGGGCUGCAUCGCGGGGGCUGGGGCCGCGGGGGAGGCCAUGGCGGCGGCGCCCGAGGAGGAGGCGGCGGCCCGGGAGCCGGCAGGCCGCCCCGCUGCGGGGCCCGCGCUCCUGCGCCUGCCGGAGGAGCUGCUGCUGCUCAUCUGCUCCUACCUGGACAUGCGGGCCCUCGGCCGCCUGGCGCAGGUGUGCCGCUGGCUGCGGCGCUUCACCAGCUGCGACCUGCUCUGGCGCCGGAUAGCCCGGGCCUCGCUCAACUCCGGCUUCACGCGGCUCGGCACCGACCUGAUGGCCAGUGUCUCAGUGAAGGAACGAGUGAAGGUGUCGCAGAACUGGAGGUUGGGGCGCUGCCGAGAGGGGAUUCUGCUGAAGUGGAGAUGCAGUCAGAUGCCCUGGAUGCAGCUAGAAGGUGAUUCUCUGUACAUAUCCCAGGCUAAUUUCAUCCUGGCCUAUCAGUUCCGCCCAGAUGGUGCCAGCUUGAACCGUCGGCCCCUGGGAGUCUUUGCUGGGCACGAUGAGGACGUUUGCCACUUUGUGCUGGCCAACUCACAUAUUAUCAGUGCGGGAGGAGACGGGAAGAUUGGCGUUCAUAAGAUUCAUAGCACCUUCACUGUCAAGUACUCGGCUCAUGAACAGGAGGUGAACUGUGUGGACUGCAGAGGGGGCAUCAUUGUGAGCGGCUCCAGGGACAGGACGGCCAAGGUAUGGCCUUUGGCCUCAGGCCGGCUGGGGCAGUGCUUACAUACCAUCCAGACCGAAGACCGAGUCUGGUCCAUUGCUAUCAGCCCAUUACUCAGCUCUUUUGUGACAGGGACGGCUUGUUGUGGGCACUUCUCACCCCUAAGAAUCUGGGACCUCAACAGGGGGCAGCUCAUGAUGCACCUGGGCAGUGACUUCCCCCCAGGAGCUGGGGUGUUGGAUGUCAUGUAUGAAUCCCCUUCCACACUCCUGUCCUGUGGCUAUGACACCUACGUUCGCUACUGGGACCUCCGAGCCAGCGCGCGGAAGUGCGUCAUGGAGUGGGAGGAGCCCCAUGACAGCACCCUGUACUGCCUGCAGACGGAUGGGAACCACCUGCUGGCUACCGGUUCCUCCUACUAUGGUGUCGUGCGGCUGUGGGACCGGCGCCAGCGGGCCUGCCUACACGCCUUCCCCCUGACCUCGACCCCGCUCAGCAGUCCCGUGUACUGCCUGCGCUUCACCACCAAGCAUCUCUAUGCGGCGCUGUCUUACAACCUCCACGUCCUGGACUUUCAAAACCCGUGACAGGGCCACCCCAGCCCAUGGGGCAGGGAAGCCAGCUACUCAGGGACCUCUCCUGCCUGGAGGGUGCAGUGAUACCUCCUCCCCGGCCGUGCCUGUGCUCCUAGACCUAUGGCUACAGUGGUUGGGUGACGUAAGGUAAAGGCUGUCAACUCUCAGAAAUUUGGCCUUACCUCCCAGGAACUAGUUGGAGAGAAGGGAUCUGCUGCUUUGGGAGAACGGCUGAACCUGGCCGGCCCUUGCUUCCCUGGUGGCCAGAGCAGGGAUCGGGCCGGGACGGGCCAUGAACCUCACCCCUUCUUAGAGCCGUGACAGCUCUGAGGGAGGUGGGGUGCUCCAGCUGGUCCCUUUCUAUCCUGCUCUGGCACCGGCCCCCACCUCCUCACUCAGACCCCUCCCUUGAUCGAGCUCUUGGGGCUCAUUCCUGGGACACUGUGGCCUGGUCCCACUUUGAAACUGAGGAAGGCUGAGUGAAUGCUGAGCCAGCCCAACUGGAGGCCGGCUGCCGAGACCUGCUACAAUGUUCGUUUUUGUAAAAAUAAAGCUUGAUUGUUCACA